AUGGCCGAAAACACUAAGCUCUUCACGCCCCUCAAGGUGGGCAGCACCGAACUCGAGCACCGCGUCGUCAUGGCGCCGCUCACCCGCUUCCGUGCCACCGACGAGAACGUCCCGACCGACCUGAUGGCCCGCUACUACGCCCAGCGCGCCGUCGUCCCCGGCACGCUGAUCCUCUCCGAGGCCACCUUCAUCUCCGCCAAGGCGGGCGGCUACGCCAACAUCCCCGGUCUCUGGACCGAGGAGCAGCUGGCGGGCUGGAAGAAGGUCACUGACGCCGUCCACGCCAAAGGCAGCAAGAUGUGGUGCCAGCUGUGGGCGCUGGGCCGCGCGGCGUGGCCCGACCCAGAGGGCUCUGGCGGUGCCGUCAAGAACGAGGACUUCGACUUCAAGAACAACUUCUGCAGCGCUAGCGACGUGCCCAUGGCCGCCGGCCUGCCCGCUCCCCGCCCCCUUUCCGAGGACGAGAUCUGGGGCUUCAUCAACGACUACGCCACGGCGGCCAAGAACGCGGUCGAGAAGGGCGGCUUCGAUGGUGUAGAGAUCCACGGCGCCCACGGCUACCUGAUCGACCAGUUCACCCAGGACGUCUCCAACAAGCGCACCGACGCGUGGGGCGGCAGCAUCGAGAAGCGCGCCCGCUUCGCCCUCGAGGUGACCAAGGCCGUCGUCGCCGCCGUCGGCGCCGACAAGGUCGGCAUCCGCCUCAGCCCCUACUCCAACUUCCAGGGCAUGCGCAUGGCCGAGGGCCACAUCGAGCCGCAGUUCACCUACCUCAUCGGCGAGCUGCGCAAGCACCAGCUGUCCUACCUGCACCUCGUCGAGCCCCGCGUCGCCGGCGUCAUCGACCGCGACCCCAAGGACGAGAACCUCUUCUGGGCCCUCGAGACCUGGGGCAACGAGAAGCCCGUCCUCAUCGCCGGUGGCUUCACCACCGAGCUUGCCAAGCAGGCUGUGGAGCAGAAGUACAAGGACUACGACGUCGCCGUCGUCUUCGGCCGCCGCUACAUCUCCAACCCGGACCUCGUCUACCGCGUCAAGAAGGGCAUCGAGUUCGCCGCCUACGACCGCUUCACCUUCUACAUCAACCAGAAGGCGGGUGACAAGUGCGAGCCCGGCUACAUCGACUACCCUUACUCCGACGAGUACAUUAAGGAGUUCGGUAAGCCUGCUGAGGCCGCUUGA